AUGUGGGGAGAAGAUGACGACAUCAAGAAGCAAGAUUUGUUUGUCCCACCAACCACCUCUACCGAACCUCCUGUUUCGAUCAACAUAUCUGAUACGGGGGCUAAAACAUCAGGUUUCUCAACCAAUGUCUCACCUCCUAUUUCCCCUCUUCGCCAAGAUGAUCCUGACAUGAUCUUUGAUCAACUGCUUCUUGCUUCCAACACUUCAUCUUCUGAGGCUUACUCUAAAGCAGCAAUUGAGUUUCUCUUUGAACGAAUCAUGAAAGAGCAUGCAGCUAAGGUUGAGAAGAUGAAUAACGCAGUAGCUGAUUCUGCUGAAGUUUGCAAGAUUACGACCGAUAAAGUCGAUAAAUUAUAUUAUGAGACUACUACCUUCAUGGAGAAUUUCCGAACUACCUUUGACUCCAAUACAAUGAAGGCCAAUGAAUAA